GUGGGAAAGGGAAAAACCCUAAAUCUUUUCAGUCACACUGUUGAACCCAAGCUUCCAGCUGCUUGCUCUUUCCGUUCACUCUGCGUCCGUCUGUGAGGGGGCUUUAUAGCCCUCUCUCGAUGUACCCGUUUUCUUCCUGAUCCAUCUACAGUUUUGCUCUUCUCCGGUGUCAUGCAGAGUUUCCACCUACCCCCUGUCAGUUUGAUCAAUUUCUGGAGUUGGGCAAUUUAAUUGAGCUGUGAUCCCUUAAAAUAGCUUUGCUUGCUGGCUGUUAUUUGCUGUAAUUGAUUGAAGUCCUUUGGCGUUUGACAAUUUAGAAAUAUAGGCUGUGCCCCGUAGCAUCUUUGUUUAGUCCAUCACUAUGAUUGCGACAGAAACUAUAGUUCCAAGUACAAAGUUGAAGAUAAAGUUCUCCACCAAAAGGAUAGAAGUUAAUCCCGGGACAAAAUGUGAGCUUGACCAGAAAGUGGACCGUACUGAUGACGCUGGGCUCUAUAAUUUAAAGGAAAGGUCCUCUGUACCGGGUUCCAACAAGCGAGGACCACCUGGGAGUUAUGAGGGCCAAAAGGAGAAGAGGCAGAAGAUGGAACGGAAAGCUUCUCUACAGUGUGCUACUAUUCUGAAGAGUCUAACAUCUCAUCCAUAUAGCUGGGUUUUUAGUAAGCCAGUGGAUCCUGUAGCUUUGAACAUUCCAGAUUAUUUUUCAGUUAUAUCCGAACCCAUGGAUUUAGGCACAAUUAAAAGCAAGUUGGAGAAAAAUUUGUAUGCUGGCGCUGAGGAGUUUGCAGCUGAUGUUAGACUCACCUUUUCAAAUGCAAUGAGAUAUAAUCCUCCUGGUAAUGAUGUUCAUCUGAUGGCAAAGGAACUCAAUAGGUCCUUUGAGAGAAGAUGGAAAGACUUGGAUAAAAAAUGGAAGUGUGGUGAUGGCGAUGGAAAAUGUAUGGCUGGAACAACUAUGGAAAACGUGAGAAAAAGUGGUACUGUGGUGCCUCCUGUGCAAAAAGAUAUCUUGCCAAGAAAGUCUCAGCAGUUAUCUGAACAGAAAGGCAUGCAGAGGAGUAAUUCGUUGACUGCAAGAGAUGAUAAAGUGGUGGUUUCUAAAUCAUCACAUAUUCCCUGCAAAUUGAUACUGAAAAACAUACACAAAGGAAGCAAAGAUAACAGUAAUGAGGAACGUCCUUCUGUCUCUGCGAAGCCUUGUCCUUCAUUGAGUCAUGUCACACACAAGGCUAACAUUUCUGGGGACACUGCAAGCCAUGGUGUCGUUUCUGGUGAUUCAACACGCGUGUCAUCAGGAUCUGAAGGAGGGAAUAUGAGUGGCGCUGAAGCUUUGGAACGGAAUUGCCCCGCUAAAGGUACACCGUCGCAGGGGAAGUUGGAUCCUGACUUUGAUGGGGCUGUAAGUGCUGUGGAUAGUGAACGUCUGUCCCCUAGCUCUCCUCUUACAGAUCCUGCUAUGGAUGCUUCCUCUGUAGAAGUAUCGAGCAAUCCCAUCAUGGAUGCGCAAAUGUCACCCAAGAAGGCCCUUCGAGCUGCAAUUCUGAAGCGCCGUUUUGCAGAUACCAUCCUGAAAGCACAGCAAAAGACUCUUCUGGAUCAUGGAGACAAAGCUGAUCAUGUGAAAUUGCAGCAGCAAAAGGAGAGAUUGGAAAGAAUACAAAGUGAAGAAAGAGCCAGAAUUGAAGCCCAAAUCAAAGCUGCUGAAUCUGCUGCAAAGAUGAGGGCUGAGGAACAAUUGAAGCAACAAAGGGAGAAAGAAAGGGAAGCCGCACGAAUGGCAAUUCAAAAGGUGGAAAGAACUGUUGAUAUAGAACAUAACUUGGAGAUUCUGAAAGAGCUUGAAAUUCUCAGCGGGUGUACCUUGCAUGGCUCCGCAGUUGCAACGGAGAAACCAGAACAAUCUCAGCUUGGUUACUCAUUGGAGCGUCUUGGCUUGUUUAUAAAGGAUGAGUUUAAAGCAGAAGAUGAUGAUGAGGUUCUGAUUGGAAAUUGGGAAGAAGGGCAAAUUUUGUUUUGAUACACCUUGUACUGUUCUUCCUGCUCUCUUUGUUAAUACCUUUUUGACGGGGGAAACAUAUUUGUAAAUGCAAAGUUCUCUGCCUCAACUGAAACUUCAGUGGGAGAGAUUAUAAAAGGGAAAAAAAGAAGCAAUAGUCUAUAUUUUAUCGUGGAAUGAUUCAUUAAUGAUAUGCCUGUUAUGUUAGCAUUAGCACUUUAAUCCUUCUGAAAAUUGAGAUUUUCUGUUGUUU